AUUGAAGCUCGCCUGGAGGGUUGUUAACACAGUGUCAAAAGAAGGGCCAUCAGACAUCAGAUACUCAUCAUCGACUGCUCUAGGCGUAUAUCCAAUUAUAACUCUUCUUUUUAGGAUUUUUAUUACAAUCUUCAUUAAAGGAACAGUCUGUCUAAACAUUGAAGAUAGUCUCAUCUAACAUUGGCUCCUUGUGGUUAAAAGAAACGGAGCCAUCUCCUAGGCCUGGAGGCCUGUAUUCGUCAUCCCACUGGUCGGAGCUCGGAAUCGGUCCAUAUCUCACCAUCUGUUGCAUCAUCGAUCUCUCUAGAGUUCUGGUGAUCAAACCUCUUUCACAUGGGACCAAACAGCAUCCACACAACACCAACACACUCAUACAGGUGAAAGCAACCCACAAUACAGUACUUACAAUAUUUUUCCAUUUCCCAAACACGCUAUCGAACCACCCUGUCAGGAAAGUAUCCACCCCAGAGUUCUCUGCUAACUCAUGAGCUAAUGUGGUCAAACUUGCCAUGGUCACUGAUCCGUCUGGAGCUGUGUUAUUAAAAAAUAAGCGUACAGCAAUGAACCCCAAUCAUUCUACAUACCCCGCCCUUUUCUACCAAUAACAUAUCGAGUGUCAGUCUAUUUUACCAGGUCACGAGGGAGGUGGCGGAUAAUUGGUCAGAGAACCCCUUUACUGCAACCCCGGUUUCAUUCAUGAAUCUCUGUUAAUUGUAAUAGAUGUAAUUAAUCCAAUCCACAUUUUUAUUUAUUGUCAACUACCAAAAGAACAUAGUGGUAAAGUCUUCACCUAUUUGAUUCAUAGCUUUGUAUUAAUCUGUAACUUCCCUGAGGAUGCCAAUGGCAUCCAUCUAGACCAUCCUGGUCAAAACUCCUUCUGUGCCUACUUUAGCCUCCUAUAACUGGCCUCUGAUGACUAACUCAAACUGGUUUGACCAAUAAUCCCGGGGCGCAAGUUCCUAACCACCCUUUUUGGUAGUUUCUGUCGUAUGCGUCCUUUGCUGGUACGAGCCCACCCUACUUCAGUUAUAGGUGCUGUGAGGGUAAGAAUUUUCUCCUGUACUUCCAAACCUAAGUCAGUCACAUUAACGAUUACCUUUCAGCCAUUAAAAUCAUCUAAGUUCUCGGUGCCAUUCUUGUAUCUACAACACUGGUACUCAUCAGGAGUUAAAGUGAACCGAGGUGGGUUGGCCGAGUACUUCAAUCUGGCCAACCCAAUCCCUGUAAAGUUAUUUGCUUUCCUAGGGAAUUGUUUAAUGUUUACCUUAAAUCCUAUAUCUUGAUCUUCUGUGACUCCUUGUUCUGUAAAUCACUCAUCAGUGUAUUAUAUAGUUUAUCUUUUACUUCUUAUCAAUGACAACGGCGUCAUAUAAUUAGUACCAGAAGGUGGUGGAUCUGGAUGUAUCAGAAAGGUUACCAAGACUAUGAUGCAGCUCAGAGUCCCUACUCUUCCCAAAAACCGCCAACGCUCUCCUGCCCUUAGUCGAUCUGCUAGGCACCACCCCAUACUCACACCUCUAGGAGCACACACAGUGAUGAACGGUCGGGAUAGGGAAUCUUCGUUAAGGCGGUGACCCCCGGACCCUGUUGAUACUCGGUUCUUCUCCUAACUCUCUGUGUGAGCAGCAGUGCUUGUAUGUGUACAUACCCUUUUGCAGUGGGUAACGUGGACCCAAGUGACUCUCUCAGCUAUUCUAAUGGCAAAGGCGGUGGUUUAACAGAACCUGGUAUGGGCCUUCCCAACGGGGCUGCUUACAGUCUUUUCUCCUCAGGGACUGGAUCUACACCCAGUCUCCUGGUUGGAUUGAGUGAAUCAACUUCUCCUGUAAUUCACCUGUUUGACACAAAAUCUUGAACAUACGGGUUUGGUUAACAAACAGUCUUCUCAUGUGUUCUGCUAGUAUAUCUUCAACUUCUAUGUCUACUUGCUCUGGUCCCUAACUCAGGCAUUCUAUUUGUUCUACCUGAUUAGCUAAAAUGUCAUCCAUUAUUUAAAGAAAUAGAUCCUGGUAAACCAACUCUAGGGAUUAUAUCUUCACCUAAUAUUUUAGCUACCAUAAUCGUGUCCGCCAAGUAAGUUGGGAACACUUCUACCCAUUUGCUAUACUUAUCUAUUAUUGUUAAACACCCCUUCUUCCCCUCACUUCGGAAUAGUUCAAUGAAGUCCAUUUCCAAAUGUUGGAAUGGAUAUUCUACAAAUUUGUAUUUAUUUAAUUUAAAGUAGUUAUCCCUAGGCCAAAUCAAAUCAAAUUUUAUUUGUCAAAUACACAUGGUUAGCAGAUGUUAAUGCGAGUGUAGCGAAAUGCUUGUGCUUCUAGUUCCGACAAUGCAGUAAUAACCAACGAGUAAUCUAACCUAACAAUUUCACAACAACUACCUUAUACACACAAGUGUAAAGGGAUGAAGAAUAUGUACAUAUAAAUAUAUGAAUGAGUGAUGGUACAGAACGGCAUAGGCAAGAUGCAGUAGAUGGUAUAGAGUACAGUAUAUACAUAUGAGAUGAGUAAUGUAGGGUAUGUAAACAUAUAAAAGUGGCAUUGUUUAAAGUGGCUAGUGAUACAUGUAUUACAUAAAGAUGGCAAGAUGCAGUAGAUGGUAUAGAGUACAGUAUAUACAUAUAAGAUGAGUAAUGUAGGGUAUGUAAACAUUAAUUAAGUGGCAUUGUUUAAAGUGUCUAGUGAUACAUUUUUUACAUAAAAAUUUUCCAUUAUUAAAGUGGCUGGAGAUGAGUCAGUAUGUUGGCAGCAGCCACUCAAUGUUAGUGGUGGCUGUUUAACAGUCGGAUGGCCUUGAGAUAGAAGCUGUUUUUCAGUGUCUCGGUCCCUGCUUUCAUGCACCUGUACUGACCUCGCCUUCUGGAUGAUAGCGGGGUGAACAGGCAGUGGCUCGGGUGGUUGUUGUCCUUGAUGAUCUUUAUGGCCUUCCUGUGACAUCGGGUGGUGUAGGUGUCCUGGAGGGCAGAUAGUUUGCCCCCGGUGAUAUGUUGUGCAGACCUCACUACCCUCUGGAGAGCCUUACGGUUGUGGGCAGAGCAGUUGCCGUACCAGGCGGUGAUGCAGCCCGACAGGAUGCUCUCGAUUGUGCAUCUGUAAAAGUUUGUGAGUGCUUUUGGUGACAAGUCGAAUUUCUUCAGCCUCCUAAGGUUGAAGAGGCGCUACUGCGGCUCAGAACGCACCCUUGUGGGGCCCCAGUGUUGAGGAUCAGCGGCGUGGAGAUGUUGUUACCUACCCUCACCACCUGGGGGUGGCCCGUCAGGUUGUAAACGCACCGGGCGGGGUCAAGACCCAGGGUCUCGAGCUUGAUGACGAGUUUGGAGGGUACUAUGGUGUUAAAUGCUGAGUUGUAGUCGAUGAACAGCAUUCUCACAUAGGUAUUCCUCUUGUCCAGAUGGGUUAGGGCAGUGUGCAGUGUGGUUGCGAUUGCGUCGUCUGUGGACCUAUUGGGGCGGUAAGCAAAUUGGAGUGGGUCUAGGGUGUCAGGUAGGGCGGAGGUGAUAUGGUCCUUGACUAGUCUCUCAAAGCACUUCAUGAUGACGGAAGUGAGUGCUACGGGGCAGUAGUCGUUUAGCUCAGUUACCUUAGCUUUCUUGGGAACAGAAACAAUGGUGGCCCUCUUGAAGCAUGUGGGAACAGCAGACUGAGAUAAGGAUUGAUUGAAUAUGCCCGUAAACACACCACGCCUGCAGCCUUGCGAGGGUUAACACGUUUAAAUGUUUUACUCACGUCGGCUGCAGUGAAGGAGAGUCCACAGGUUUUGGUAGCGGGCCGUGUCAGUGGCACUGUAUUGUCCUCAAAGCGAGCAAAGAAGUUGUUUAGUCUGUCUGGGAGCAAGACAUCCUGGUUCGCAACGGGGCUGGUUUUCUUUUUGUAAUCCUUGAUUGACUGUAGACCCUGCCACGUACCUCUUGUGUCUGAGCCGUUGAAUUGCGACUCUACUUUGUCUCUAUACUGACGCUUAGCUUGUUUGAUUGGCUUGCGGAGGGAAUAGCUACACUGUUUGUAUUCGGUCAUGUUUCCGGUCACCUUGCCCUGGUUAAAAGCAGUGGUUCACGCUGUCAGUUUCGCCACAGCCAUUUGAAAUAGACUAAUGUGUGCACUAUUCGGAGGGAAUAGCUACACUGUUUGUAUUCAGUCUCUACCAUCCUUCCUCCCUGUUGGCACAUGGCUCUGCCAAUGUGUCAAUAUUGCUGCAUAUCUAAACAAGGACUUAGAUCCCUGGGUUCUUCAAGGGCAUGACAUUUCCUGUCCUGACUACCGGCAUCACCAACGCUGUGGUCUUUGGUUCCUAUAGCAAUGCUUUAGACUGCCUCACCCAGUCCCAACGGAAUGACCGAAUCCAAGGCAACCCUGCCUCGGCAUCAGCAGUCUUCGCAGCUGGCUGUUUCUCAGGUCUGGCACAGGUGGUGGUUACUGCACCUGUUGACCUGGUGAAGGUACGCUUGCAGUCCCAGACCAAGGGCUGGGCUGGGGUCGGUGGUGACGGAUAUCGAGGUCCCAUUCACUGUGUGACUGUCAUCCUGAGGGAGGAGGGGCCAAGGGGAUUGUUUCGAGGGGGGUUGGCUCUUACCCUGAGAGAUGUACCCUGCUAUGGAAUCUACUUCUUGCCUUACGAAAUCACCUGCAGGUUUCUGACUGAAGAAGGCAAACGGCCAGGCACAUUUGCAGUAUUGAUGGCGGGUGGGGUGGCAGGCGUGGUGACGUGGGCCUUUGCCACGCCCAUGGAUGUGGUGAAAGCGCGGCUGCAGAUGUCCGGUGCUGGGGGCCGGGUGUACCAGGGGGUCCUGCACUGCAUGAGUGUGAGUCUGAAGGAGGAGGGGGUGAGAGUGUUCUUUAAGGGGCUCCUCCUGAACAGUCUGAGGGCCUUCCCUGUCAACGCCAUCACCUUCCUCAGCUAUGAGAGCCUGAUGCGUUUCCUCACCCGGCCACCUGCAGACUGACCACAAGACUAUAUGCAUCUCCUGGAUACACUCCGGUCAGACCAAAUGAUGGAAAGAAUACCAACAUUGGAUGGGCAAACCAUUAUGUGAAAUGAACUGGUAUAUACAGUAUACCUUAGCAUGCUAUACUCAGAAUUGUAUCUGCUAAACUGGAGUUUCACACUUUUUUGUGUUAUCCUCAAUGUGGGCACUCAGACAUGGCUCAUGAUGCUGUGAUAUCAUAGGGUGUCACCAUACUUAUGGAUGUAAACUGUCAUACAGCAUCACCUCUGAGAGCUAUGAUACUAUCAGUAUUUUAUAUCAUGAGACAACAAAACCUUGAAUAUGAAAACACCUGGAAACCAAAUGUUUAUACCAAGACAUGGUGUAUUUAUGUACUGGUAUACUGUAUGAACUUCAUAGCCUUCAUUUAUAAUAACUUUGUAAUAAACAAAAUGUGAAGCAAA